AUGUGCAUCGCCCUCCUCGCCACCUCACACCCCAAAUACGCCCUGAUCGUCCUCGACUCGAGGGAGGAGUACAUCCUGCGCCCGACGUCGCGGCCGCACUUCUGGACCCACCGGCCGUCGGGGAACACCAUCCUAUCGUCCCGGGACCUUCUCCGGAGAGAGCGCGGCACAUGGAUGGGGAUCACCAAGACCGGCCGCCUCGCCGUGCUCACCAACUUCAGGGAACACGUGGACCCCGCCGACGCGCACAAUGUCUUCGGCGUCAAGAGCCGCGGCGAGAUCGUGAACGCGUGGCUGGGCGCCCCGGAGGAGGAGAGCCUGGACGCGUUUGUCGAGAGGACGCUGGCGGAGAAGCUGAUGAAGGGGGUGGGCGGGUUCUCGUUGAUCUGCGGGGACCUGAAGGCGAGACCGCGUACCUCUGGGACCGAUGGAGGAGUCAAUGGCGAGCAGAAGGCCCUGGGCCCGCUGGUUGUCAUCUCGAACCGCAGUGAGGCCGUUUCUGGCGUCCCGCGGAUCGGCGGCGAGAGGGAUGGUGUCUGGGGCCUAAGUAAUACCAUCUACGAAGAUUCUCCGACAUGGCCGAAGAUUGUGUUGGGACGGAGACUAGCGCGGGAUGCUAUUGAGAAGGCAGUGUCACAAAAUGCGAGCGAGGAAGAGCUGUUCGAUCUACUAUUCGGGGUAUUGGACACCAACACGAUGCCCGCGAGAGACCCCGGGCUGGACCACGAGAGCUACGUCGACCAGCUCAAGAACUCAAUAUUCUGCCCGGCAAUCAGUGACGAGGAAAAGGACCGGGACAUGGCAGCGGCCGUCGCAAGAGGCAAAAUGAAGCCCGCAUUCGACGAGAUCGAGGAUGAAAGCCGUGAGUUGGCGGAAGAAUCGGAUCAUCCGGACGCUCCGGCUAUCUUUGACAGGGGUGCCUAUGGCACACAGAGACAGACAGUAAUAUUGGUGGAUUGGGAGGGCCGAGUCACGUACAAGGAAAGAGCAUUGUGGGAUGCACAUGGAAACCCCAUUGAAAGGGGUGAAGGAGAUGUCGUGAUAGAGUACGAUAUUGAAGGCUGGAGGUAG